GAGUGGAUGCAGUUUGGACGGUUGGUGGGAUCCACGACACCACGUGUCGAGAGGAGGAGCCGGGGGACGAGACACGCGAUCCCCCGGAUGAUGUACAGCGUUUUCCUUAACUUUUCCGUUCCCAAUCCCCAACCCCAAUCACCGCCAUGGCAUCGACGAUGGGGCGACUCUGGCUCGUCGAGACUUCUAGCCGUUUUGGAGGAAUUAAUGGAGGAGGAGAUCAUGAUUCAUUGAUUCCCAAGAAAUCUCUCCCCAAUUUGCAACGGCAAAAGAUUGAAGAAAGGGGGAAAUCAGGAGGGGAAUCGCCGAAUCAGCAACAGCACGCAGCUGGGCAGGGGCAGGUAGGCGGCCGGCGCGGCGGCGGCAACGCCCGGCGGCCAGCAGCAGGGGCCAGCACAGCAUCAUCUUGGCUGCAGCCUCCAGGUGCAUUCGUUUCAACUUUUAAUUGUAUGUCCUAAUUUAUUUUGUGUAGUGCCAACAUGUCAUCGAGAAAGUAUAUGUCAGGUCAUGAAAAGCGAGAAAAGCGAAAGCGGGUAGAUGAGCUAUUAGAAUCCCAAAAGGGUUCCAUUGAGAAAUUUAUUAGGAAAAAUGCAAGUUCUGCUAGUAAUUCUCAAGAACUAGCUCUAGCAAUUGUCGAACAUCCCAAUGAAAAUUUAGAUGCGAACAAUGCUAGUGGUCAUGAAAAUUCAGGCGAAGAUGAUAAUUCCGAUCGGGAUGAUAAAAAUGUGAGUGACCAUGAACCAGAGCAACAACAUUUUACCAUGAAUAUUUACGAUCCAGCAAAUUGGGAUAACUUAAAUGAUAAAUUAAGGGAUAUGUUAGUGGAGAAGGGACCUAUAAGAGAAAAAAACCUUGUUUUUCUUUUAGAUGAUUCCGGUAGGCAUUUUUCAUAUUCUUACUAUUCUAAAAAACUAAGCAAUGGAGAAGUUCAUGAUCGAGAAUGGCUAGUAUAUUCAAAGCGCGUCGACAAGGUGUUUUGCUUUUGCCGUAAGCUUUUCAAGUUAACAAAUAACAAGAGCGCAUUAGCAAGGGAUGGAGUGGGAGAUUGGAGACACCUUAGUGAGAGGAUUAAAGAUCACGAAAAUAGUGUUGAGCAUAUUAGUAAUAUGAGCAAUUGGAAUGAGUUGAGAAUUAGACUAGGAAACAACCAAACCAUUGAUAGAGAUUUGCAAAAGAUAUUCGCAAAGGAGAAAGAACGCUUGAAACAAGUUUUGCGAAGAAUAAUUGCUGUUGUAAAAUAUCUUGGAAAACGAAAUUUGGCAUUUCGGGGAUCUAGUGAGAAGCUUUACAAUGACAAUAAUGGAAAUUUCUUAGCGACCGUUGAGAUGAUUGCCGAGUUUGACAUGGUAAUGCAAGAUCAUCUUAGACGCAUUGAAAAUAAUGAAAUUCAUCAUCAUUACCUUAGCCAUUCAAUUCAAAACGAGUUGAUCUCUCUUUUAGCAUCAACUGUUACAACUUCUAUUAUAAAAAUUGUUAAAGAGGCCAAGUAUUUUUCCAUUAUCCUUGAUUGUACUCCGGAUGUGAGUCACGAGGAGCAAAUGACUCUACUUGUUCGAUGUGUUAACUUGUCAAAUAAAAAGAUGAAAAUUGAAGAGUUCUUUCUAGGGUUCCUUAAGGUAAAUGAUACAUCCGGGUUGGGUCUUUUUAAUGAAUUGCUUGCUGCGAUGAACUCUUUUGGUCUUAAUAUUGAUGAUGUGAGAGGACAAGGUUACGAUAAUGGUUCAAACAUGAAAGGGAAAAAUCAAGGGGUACAAAAACGAUUACUUGGUAUUAAUCCAAGAGCGUUAUAUAUGCCAUGUGCUUGUCAUAGUCUUAAUCUCACACUUUGUGACAUGGCGAAUUCAUGUAGUAAAGCUAUUACGUUCUUUGGCAUUGUCCAACGAAUAUAUGUACUGUUUUCAAGUUUAACUAAAAGAUGGAAAGUUCUCCUUGACCAUGUUCCAAGUUUCACUCUAAAAUCUUUGUCUAAUACUCGUUGGGAGAGUAGGAUUAAAAGUAUCAAGGCUAUUAGAUUUCAAGCUCCUCAACUAAGGUCAGCUUUAUUAGAAUUAUCUAAAUCUGGUGAUGAUGCCAUGGCGAGAAGCAAUGCUAAAACUUUAUAUGAUGUGAUUGGUACUUUUGAGUUUUUACUUAGCAUGGUUAUUUGGCAUGAUAUUUUGUUUUACGUAAAUAUGGUGAGCAAAACAUUGCAAUCCCCAUCCAUGUGCAUUGACUCAACCUUGAAACAGAUUGAGGGCAUAAUGGAAUUUUUUGGUAAGUAUAGAAGUACAGGCUUUUCAGCUAGUUUGAUUAUUGCCAAAGAACUUGCAAAUGAUAUGAAAAUGCAACCAUCAUUUCCAAUAAAACGGCGUGUUACUAGAAAAAAACAUUUUGAUGAAAGUGAUGAUGACGCUAACAAUGAAGAGGUCCUAGCUGCACAAAAAGCUUUCCAAGUUGAUUUCUUUUAUGUUAUGGUGGACAAGGCAAAUACUUCAUUGAAAAAUAGAUUUGAGGAACUUUGAGUUUUCAAAGAAAUAUUUGGAUUUAUGCUUAGAUCAUCAAAUCUGAAGUCACUGGAUGAUGUUGAGAUACAAAAAUGUUGCAAAAAAUUUGCUAAAACUUUCUCUCGUAAAGAUCCAAUCUCUCAUAAAGAUGUAUUUGAUGUUGACCCUGAUGAUCUUUUUUCAGAAUUAAGAAUGUUGCAAAUGACCUUACCAGAUGAACCUAUGUGUGCUGCAGAGAUGUUUGAGUUUGUUAGAAGCAUAAAUUGUUUUCCAAACAUUGCUGUUGCUUAUAGAAUUUUAUUACCGUACCCGUGACAGUAGCUUCAGCUGAAAGAAGCUUUUCAAAACUGAAAUUGUUAAAAAACUACCUACGAUCAGCAAUGUCACAAGAGAGAUUGAAUGGUCUAGCUACUAUAUGCAUUGAGAAGGGCCUAUUGGACCAGAUUAAUGUUGAUAAUAUUAUCAAUGACUUUGCCUCAACAAAUUUUAGAAAAAAACGGUUUACAUAAUUCUUGUCUAUUUUGCAAGUCAAUACAAGAUCAGAGUACAAGAUGGAGUGUUGGCAGGAGACCUGGAGUGCAAGAGCAAGUGUGAGCAGGAGCACGAGCUAGAAUUUGAGCUGAAAUGCAAUAAGAUGUGAGUAGCGGCCAAAAUUGUAUUCAAUGAUUAAAUUUCUAUGAAAUAAAACAUCAGAAAUCAUCUCUA